UUGUGUUUGUUAAGUGUCGUGUUUAAUAUAAUAUGUUACAUUAUCUGAAUCAACGGUCGCUGUUUGGAAAGGGUCAUGCUUCGUUUUCUAACUCAAGUAAUGUUGAAGUUUUACUAAAAGAAAAGUGGUUAAAGAGUUUAAAGUGUAUGCCGGACAAUAAGUUUACACUUACUGAUCCCAUGGGAGUCAGGACACCCCCAUUUGCUUGUGACUUCUGUACAGUUCCUGGAAGGGAAGAUAUAUGCCUUGUAGUUGAUGAAGAUGGUUAUGUGCAUGUGAUUGACACAUUUCAUGGAACUUCUGGGCGUAAUACAGGACUAAUAGAUCAAUGGCAGUCCCAUAAAAAUGCUGUAUUUGAUGUGGCUUGGUUUCAUCAAAGUAAUCAGUUUGUUACUGCGUCCGGUGACCUGACUGCUGUGUUGUGGGAUGUUUUACGUCCUCAGGAAAGAUUGCAAACGUUUACAGGUCAUAGUUGCAGCGUCAAGUCGAUAAGUCUAUCUAAAGACAAUACAAACCUUUUUGUGUCUGGAUCAAGAGAUGGAAAUGCACUUGUGUGGGAUUGCAGAAUUAGUAACACGAACCAACCAGUGUUAAGAAUACAAGAUGCUCAUGCAAUUCAUGAUGCUUUAACUCCACAAAGAAAAAGGAGACGUAAAACAGACUAUAACAAUCAGCUCUUAUUGGACUCUCGUCAAACGGUUUCAAGUGUUUGUUUUCAAGACCUAAAUACUGUGAUAACAGCAGGUGCAAUGGAUGGUACAAUAAAACUAUGGGAUAUUCGAAAAACUGUGCCGUUAAAAUCAGUUAAGGGUAAAUCAUGCUCAUUGCCUAAAGAAUCUAUACAAUAUAGUGGUAUGAGCAGUCGUAGAAGAGGGUAUACGUGUCUAACAUUGGAUUCAACUCGAACCAAGUUAUUUGCAUCAUGUACUGACAAUACUAUUUAUGAAUAUGACUUAAUGGAGUUUGUUUCAUCUGGUAGCAGAUUGCCAGUGAAAAAAUAUACAGGUCACCAUAGCUCUUCAUUUUUUGUUCGAAUCAAGCUUAGUCCAGAUAACAAUUUUCUUCUGAGUGGAUGUGAUGAUGAAAUGGCUUUCAUCUGGAACAUUAGUGGCUCUAAAACCAAUGAUGUCCAACCAAGGUUUUGUCUGAAAAGUGCAGGCAUGGAGCAAGUAACUGCUGUUUCCUGGUGUCCUUCUGAUUGGAGGAAAGUUGUAACCUGUUCAGAUGAUUGCUCGUUUCGUGUAUGGAAUGUCCCUGUUUCACCAUGUGCUAAUACAAAUGCAGUUGUGGAAGGAUUCUGCGAAUCUGUUGUUGUGGAGAAAAUCAAUAAACAAACUGCUAUGAGCCCUGUGCAGAAGAGUUUUGCAAAUGAAAAAACUUGUGUGCUUCAACCUGUACUUAGUGUUCAAAAGUCUCAGUUACUAUUAAACAGUGAAAAUGUCCCAUCAAAAACUGAAGAAAAACGGAAAACGCCAACUUCUAUUAAACACUGGCUUGCACACAGUGCAGCUCUUACAAGCAAGACCAAAGCUGUGAAAAAACUUGAAGAAAAAUAUCAACAGUCAAAUGAUAAUAAAGAAAAUGAUGGCUGGGUGUUGCCUCCUACUUUACCAGUAUGUAAGAAUGAUGCAUUAGGAACUCCACCUACCGAUACUUUACUAAUUAAACCAAUUGUCAAAACUGAUGCUACACCAAGUAAAACUAGCAACUGGAUUGCUGAGUUAAGUAAAAGGAAACUUGCCAAUAAAACUAAUUCUCCAAACCAGAGUCGAUCAAAGCAACAUAAAAGUUCAGGACUUUCUUCUUCAAGCAAUAGCAGCGCUACACCAAGUAAAACUAGCAACUGGAUUGCUGAGUUAAGUAAAAGGAAACUUGCCAAUAAAACUAAUUCUCCAAACCAGAGUCGAUCAAAGCAACAUAAAAGUUCAGGACUUUCUUCUUCAAGCAAUAGCAGCGAUAUUAAUAGUAACCCUUGCAAAAGACGUAGAUCAAUACAAUCAUACUUUUCUUUAAAUUUAUGAACUAAUUUCUUGACUUCUCACUUUUCUUGAACUGAAACAUUCAAUCGGAAUAAAUGCAAUCGGAACAUUGUACCAAAUUUAGAAUUUUUUCAUUUUGUAUAAUGGUGUAUUGGUGUAAUCAAUUUGCAAAUUUGCUUGUAUACUGCCAGACCAUUAAACUGCCCAGUAUGUGAACAUCGUGUUAUUUACCUUUUACAUUACUUUUAUAUUUGUGCAUUUUAUUUUUUUUCUAGAUUAAUUACAAAUUUACAAUUAGCACUAACUCUGGCAAUUGGUGCACUGGUGCCAUAAUAAAGUGGAGCACUGCCAUACAAAACCACGGUUUAAAAAAAUAUUUUUCAACAUGUAUUUCGUAAAGACAUGUCAUGUGUUUUUAAAACGUUUACCGUUUUUACUUCAGCUUUGUAUAAUUUUUAGGUACAGAUAUUAACUUGAUAAAGUAAAGUUGGAACAUUUAGGCAUAAAUGUAAGUUAUUGUGGGCAAUUCCUCACGUAAGAGAUUGAAGGAACCGUGUAAUGGUGUUAACCAUCAACCUUGAAUUCAGUGGAGGUGCUGAACUUCUUUUUGGGAAUGUAAAAAAACAAACUGUUCAAUUGGAAAAACUAGAUUGCAGCGUUAAGGAACUACUGCAAUGGAUAAAAGACAAUCUACUGCAAGAACGCCCAGAGUUGUUCCUUCAAGGAGAAACGAUAAGACCGGGAAUUAUUGUUCUGAUAAAUGACACAGACUGGUUGUUAAUGGGACAGUUGGAUUACAAGUUGGAACAAAAUGAUACGCUCACCUUUAUUUCAACCUUGCAUGGAGGAUAGCAUAUUAUGUUUGUUGUUCAUUUUGCUUUUAAUCGAGAUAAACUUAUCUGAAAGUAUUUGGUGCAAUAAAUAUGAAAUUUUGUUUUACAAAAAUGUUAAACUCCCAGUAAAUUUUUAAAUUGUAACAUAACAUCUUUCUAAAUUUAUA